AUGAAUAUUUUAAUAUUCUCUUCUUUAUUGAAAAUACCAGUCUUUCCACCAAGUCCAGGUUGUCUUUAUUUAUUGACUACUGCAAUUGCUAACUUAGUAUUUGUUGGUUAUUUACUGCUGACUCGUAUUUUGAUCUCUGGAUUCUUUAUUCCAGUAACAAAUACAAUUAAUUUUAUAUGUAAAUCACGUUUUUAUAUUGGUCAAGUUUGCAUGUUUACAUCACUUUUCUGUACUAGUUUUGCAACUAUUGAUCAAUAUUUUAUAUCAAAUCGAUCUGUAAGAAUUCGUCAAUUGAGUCACUUGUCCUUUGCAAGAAUAAUUAUAUUAGUUUCUGUUUUUCUUUGGUGUUCAAUAAAUAUACCAGUGUUAUUUCUUUACAAUGUAUAUCCAAAAAAUAAUGGAACAUCAACUGUAUGUACAGUAUAUUCUCCUGCUUGGUCAUUUUAUUACACAUAUUUUCAAAGUUUGUUCUUGCUUUGUCUUGUACCUUUAUCAAUAUUUAUAAUAUUUGGUAUUUUGACAAGAAGAAAUCUUCACUCUGUACGUCAAUUUCAUCGAUCAAUUUCUCGUCAAAUGACCAAAAUGAUUCUUUUACAAGCAACAGCAAUGGGACUUUCUCUUUUCAUAGCUACUGUUCAAAUAAUUUAUCAAUCAGUAACGAUGAAUAUUCAAAAAGAUGCAUUACGUAAUGCUCAAGAUAAUAUAUUUAAUACAGUUGCUAACUUAUUGACUUAUGGCACUUAUUUUGGAGACUUUUAUAUUUAUUUAUGUUCAUCAAAAUCUUUACGUCAAGCUUUAAAAAGAAUAAUAUUCAAUCAUGAAACAACUCAGUCAAUAACCAAUACAAUGUUUUCUAUUCAAAACCAAAAAGGAACUAUAACAAAUCAGAAUAAAGUACAACCUAUAGAAAAGAACAAUAGUUAA